GUUCUUUUCAUAAUAGAUAUAGUUUUUUCCUUUCUUUUUUCUCUUUCAUCCUUCCAUAAUAAUUAUUCUCGUUCUCGUUCUCAUUCUCGUUCAUAUCAGCAAUCAUGGCGUCACUGUGCAGGCUCCGUGUUCUUUCAAGUAUUCAGAAUUUUGCCAGAAUUCAGCACAUUCGAAGCAUUGCCACCCGGAGUUCAUCAUUUGCAGUUUUGCAGCAGGGUUUAGGAACUUCAAAAUGCAACCAGAAUAAUCUUCAACAGAGAAUUACAGAGUUGACCAGGUCAGUGCGUCAUUAUGGAUCAGCUGCUGAGAUGACCAUUACUAGUAUCCAGGAGAGAUGUACUCUAGUCCUUAAACUGUUCGACAAGGUGGACCCUGAAAAGGUGUCAUUGGAAUCCAAAUUUGCAGAGGAUCUUGGAUUGGAUAGUUUAGAUGCAGUGGAAGUGAUUAUGGCUAUGGAGGAUGAAUUUGGAGUUGAGAUCUCUGAUGAGACUGCAGAGAAGCUUCUAAAUCUGAAGGAUGUCGUUGAGUGUGUAGCCGACAGACUGGAUGUAGCGCACUAACAUUCAACAUAGACACUUGUUUUGUAUUAUACAGAUAUAUUGUAUCAUCGGCUAUGACCAAGCGAAUGCAGUGAUGGCCAGAGGAUCCCCCCUUUUAACACAGGGCUAUAGACUGGACAAGUAUUCCCCAUUGUGCAAUGUGUGCAUCAUGUGGAUAUCAUCAAUGUUACACUCAAUACACAUGAAGGCUAGUCAGCCCUGACAACUUGUUCUGUAAAAUUUGAUUUGUCUUAAAAAUUAUAAGAAGUACAUGGUUUCAACUGUCCUCUUCCCUGGAAAGUUGUGAUGCAACUAUAUGCUUUGUAAUAGAACACUGCACUUUAAUGCUAUGUUUUCCAAAAUACUCUUCCUGCUCUCAUAUUUCAAUCCUCAUUCUGUUGUUCUCAUGUACUUUAAUGAAACGCUUGAGGAACAUCUGGUUAUUGUAUAAAUUGAAGGUCUUAUUGCACAACAGUCUAUCUAUCCAUACCAUUUAAGAGAAAGACUGCCCCUUGUUCUUUGUAUUAUCUGCUUAUUGUCAUUCUUUCGGCGCAAGAUAUGACCUAAAAUAUAUGGCGUUUAUACACCAAUGAGUGAAUAUGAGGGUUAGCAAGUCCAGUUGAAGGAUCUGGUCUAAUCCAGUAUGGAUGAGUCAGAUCUGGUUUGAUCUGGUUAGAUCUGGCCAGUGUUAGAUGCAGUCAGUUUCCCUUGCACUUCAUUCACAGAACAUAUAAGUGGGUAUUUGUGAUUUGAUUUGAUUGGAGUAUUUGGUAAAAAUUAAAUGUUUUGAUGAGACCAGUAAAUGAUUUCUGUGUUGCUUU